AGUGCGACUCUCCCAAACACGAGUCGUCAAGUCGAGGGGCAGGCCGAUGUCGGUGAGAUCGAGGAGAAGCGAUACGGCAUGCACGACUCGUCGAUCACGUCUUACGCAUGUUGUCAGAAUACGUUUUACCUGCAAGUCCCGUGCUGUCGGAGUACGUCCUAGUGAAAAACGACCACGAUCGCAUUGCUCCUGCCUUGCAGCGAAGCGACAUGGCUAAAGACGUCUUGUCCAACCUCGCCUCAUUCGCUCGGCUUCCGGGGCGUCAUCGUGUAUUCGCCGGGGUUGGCCUGUUGUCAUUCCUGAUCAUCGCUCACCUGCUCUUCACCGAACGGAUACCGUAUCGCUUUCAGCACGAACCAAGCUUCAAGGGGUCGUAUCGUCCGUUACACGGACAUCGACUCUCCUUGGGUCCAUACUUGGAGCCCUGGAGAGCCAACCUUCACGGUCUCUUGCACGACGAUGGGUCUUUUCUCGACGCCGAGUCACUUUCGCUCGAAGAGACGGACGAAUUGGACGAACAAGGCCGGGCUGGAUUACAGCGGUUGAGCGAGCUCGCAUGGUCCGAGACCGAGUCUGGGCAGGCGGAUAGAGCGAGUAUCGACCGAGGGACGAUGACUGCUUCGCGCAGGAUGGAGCUUGCUGGGCGGAUAGAAGAACUGGUGGCUCAUUAUAAAGUAUCAUAUUACAUAGAAGACAUCCCGCGGAUCCGAAACAUCGAACGGUUGAGCGAGAUGGCGGUUUGUCUUCGAGCCAACGAUUGCAGACCAGGCCAGACGACGAUCGUAUUGGGAGGCAGCUCUCACUGGCCGUUCUCCAUCAAAGAAGGGAACGGAGGGGAAGAUAUCUGGGCAUUGUCCACCAUCCGAGCGAUCGAAGCUCUGGGCCAUACAGUGAUCUACACCUAUGACACUUACGAAACGGCCGAUGUCUAUGCGUACAUACCAGAGUUGGUCUCUACCAUCAUAUGGGAGUCGCGUUCGACCCAGGAGUGUGGCUACUACCAGGUCCCUCGGCGGGUUUCUGGAUACCAGCUGGAACAUCAAAGCAACAAGUACACCUUUGUUUCGUUCGAAGAAGCGUCCGAGAUGCUUCGCGAGCAAGGGAUACCCAUGGAUGCAGAUCAACAGGAAGAGGAUCCUCUUGUCGCCAGAUGGGGUUGGCUGCGAAUGAACGACCAACGGGAAAGAACGCCACUCGACGGGUGCGCAAAGCGUGCCGGGUUCGAGCGAGGUAUACCCAUCUGGAAGAUGUUGAACUUUAACUUUUGGCCGGGCACGGAUCAUCCCCUCGGUCAUGCGUGGACGUUGUCGCCAGAGCAUUACGCAGAAUUUCCUGGCGUCGAUCCCAAAGACCCCAGCAAUUUCUACCUCGGCUAUACCUUGGAGUCUGACUGUAUGAAGGUACCUACGCCACCCCUCGAGAACAGGCUCGGCCGAGCGUUCAUCUUUACCAAAGUCCUCCGCUUCAUACAGAACAAAGACACAAACGCCUGGUGGUCGGACGAGCAAAUCUUUACGAACAUGCACGAUCAUACCGGAAUCGAUUUCAUCGCCGCCGCCGAUACCAUCAAUGAUACGUUUCCGUUCGAGUCGGUGGAAAACGUCGGACGCCUGCCAAGGGAUAAGUUUUACGAUUUGGUCGGCCAUAGCAAAGCCGUCUUGGGAGUCGGUAGUCCUCGCUUGUCACCCACUCCAUACGAAGCCCUGUGUCUCGGUCUGCCGUUUAUACACCCAAUCAUGCAUUGGAACGGAGGGGAUCCCGAGGACAAGUCUGGUUGGAGAGCCGGGUUCCUUGAUCGAUACAGGGCAACACGAAGGAGAGGGGAUUUCGUGCGCCUCGAACAAGUCUUGCAGGAAGCCAUCGACACUCCCAUCGAACGUUUUGUCCUACCUCGCAUGAAAGAAUCCGCUGUGCGUGACCGGACGCGCGCUCUGCUCUACCUGGAUUGGCAGACAAUGUUUCACCUGAGGCGCUCGUGGAUGGAUCCAGGCGACGGUGCGCAGGUGAGCCUUUCGUGGGUGCUUGCGAGUUGGAAGAGAGCAUGA